GUUCGGAUGGUCACCGUCAUCCAAAGUAAUAUGCACGGUGGGACUGAUGGAGAGACAACGGCCACGGGGACUGGGGCGAGGGGGUUGAAGAAAGGGCCGUGGACGACGACAGAGGAUGCGAUCUUGACGGAGUACGUGAGGAAACAUGGAGAAGGUAACUGGAACGCGGUGCAGAAGAACUCAGGCUUGCUCCGGUGUGGGAAAAGCUGCCGUCUACGGUGGGCGAACCAUCUCCGGCCAAAUCUAAGGAAAGGUUCUUUUAGUCCUGAUGAAGAGAAGAUCAUCAUCGAGCUUCACGCUAAGGUGGGAAACAAAUGGGCUCGUAUGGCCUCUCAGUUACCUGGACGAACUGACAACGAGAUCAAGAACUACUGGAACACGAGGACGAAGAGAAGACAACGAUCUGGUUUGCCUUUAUACCCUCACGAGAUUCAGCAUCAAGGGAUUGAUAAUGGUGAUGAGUUUGAGUUUAACUCCUUUCAAUUCCCUAACCAAGACCAGCCUAAUCACCGAAAUAUGAUUCAAUACACUAAUUCCUCUAAUACUCCAUCAUCUUCGUCUUUAUUCUCUUCUUCAUCUUCUCAACCUCAGAAAAAUCUGUGUUUAGAUCCCUUGAUCUCUACUAAUCCCAGCUUAAACCAGAUCCCCAAUACUCCGAUGAAUACUCAUAUGUUUUCCCUUGAGAAUGACAAUAACCUGUUUGGUUUCACUCUUCCUUUGUCCUCAUCCUCCUCGUCAAAUGAGUUUUGCUAUACCAAUAAGAAAGAUAUUGAUGCUACGAGUUAUAGUUCAUUGCUUAUGGUAGAUAAUGAGAUGACACCGAGUUCUUUCCCUUUAGGACUAGACAGUAAUGUCCUAGAGCUUCCUUCAGUCCAAACACCGACCCAUUUGCUCAGUUCUAAUACUAUAUUUGACAAUGGUGACCCUCUUUAUCCACAUGCGGGCAACAGUGGAUUGCUUGACACCGUCUUGGAGGAGUCUCGAGUCUUGUCUCGUGGCGGAAGCUACAAGGACGUUACAAUUUCUUCGACUGGUCUAUGUGAGUAUCAAGAUAAGAGAGUGAAGAUGGAUUUUGAGAAUCGGUUGAUAGAUCAUCCAAACUCUUCUCAUCAGUCAUCUUUCGAAACAACCUCUAAUCUUUACAAGAGGUAUAUUGGGCCAACGAUAGUGAAGGCAACAAUGGAUGAUGACGAUAUAUUGAUGAGCCUUCUCAACAACUUCUCUUCAACCACAGCAAUACCUGAUGAUUGGUACCGGACAACAAAAAUCCAGCAAGGUAGCAUCGGUGUGGAACCACACAAGGCGCCGCCUUCGUCUGAUACUGUAGAUCCUCUGGCCUCGUUGGGGUCAUGCUACUGGGGUGGCAUGCAUAGUAUGUGCUAA